AUAUUUAUAGAGAGAGACAGGGAGCUAUAGAGAGACACAUGUAUAUAAUAUACAGUAUAUGAGUGAAUGUGGUAGUGGGAAGACUCAGCAGUGCCUGUUGGUACCAGCAGAGGGCGCUUUGGUUACACUGUUCAUGAGUUUCUAUAUGAGACUCCCAUUCACAUUGGCACCUUCAGAUCUUGCCUUUUCCUUUCUCCUUGCCGCUGCCUAAGGCGCAGGAUCCCAUUGUCUCCCAUAACCUUCUCCCCCCCAUCCUCGGCUCAUUAUCCGCCUGCUCGGCCGUCGUCUCUCCCCCCCACAAAGAGCCUUUCUCCUGCUCAGCUUUGAAGUAGUGCGUGUGCUGCUGGCAACAUUGGGCCCACGCCUGGCCGGAUCCAGUAACAGCCCGGCACCCUUUUAUGUGAUUAUUCACUGCACAUCAUAAUGAUCAUCGUGGAUCCUUCUCUCCCCUCUCUGCUUCCCACUCCUCCCCCCCUCGGGCAAUGCUGGGUGCCCAAAACAUGCCCAUUAGCCCUAGGCUCUCCCACUGGCCCGCAGCCUUUCUCUUUAUCAGUGUGAUGCAUGAGCACAAUCCGCAUGGCAGCUCCAGCACACUGCCCCAAAUAAUGUGUGCUGUUGAUGCCCCUUUUCAGUGUGGGCUGUCCCAGUGUCACAGCUCUUGUGUCUCCCCGUAGAGCCCAGACUGGCACGGAUACCAUGAAGACCCGGUGGUGGAUGUGUGGAACAUGAGGCUGGUGUUUUUCUUUGGUUUCUCAGUGUGUAUAGUGCUGGGCUCUGUCUUUGUCUAUUACCAGCCUGACCACGACGCUGCCAUGCCGUUUGGGUGCAUCAGUGGCAGGAAUGAGAAAACCUACAACUGCUUCUCUGACAUCACAGACAAAUAUGAGAUUGGGCAGCUUCUGUGCGCGAAGGAAUUUUGUGAGAUCUGCCUUGCGCGGGAGAUACAGACCGACCGGCUCUUCAUCUGCAAGAAAUUCCUCAAGAAAGACGGACGCAAGGUGCGCAGAGCUGCCAAGAACGAGAUCCUGAUCCUGAAAAUGGUGAAUCACCCCAACAUUUUGCAGCUGAUUGACACAUUUGAAACCAAGAAAGAAUUCUACAUCAUUCAAGAACUGGCCACAGGCGGAGAUGUAUUUGACUGGAUUCUGGAGCAGGGAUAUUACUCUGAGAAAGAUGCCAGUAAUGUCAUCCGGCAAGUCCUAGAAGCUGUAUCCUACUUGCACAGCCUGCAUAUUGUGCACCGAAAUCUCAAGCUGGAGAAUCUGGUGUAUUAUAAUCAGAAAAAUCACUCCAAGGUGGUUCUGCGAGAUUUCUAUUUGUCAUGCUUUGAAAGUGCGGAAAUCACAGAGCCUUGUGGGACCCCCGAGUACCUGGCCCCAGAGGUGGUAUCGAGACAUAGAUACGGGCGCCCGGUGGACUGCUGGGCAGUUGGAGUUGUGAUGUACAUCCUCCUCUCAGGAAACCCCCCCUUUUAUGAUGAGAAUGAGGAAGAAAACAGUGAGAAUCACAACAGGAAAAUCUUCCGCAAGAUUCUGGCUGGGGAGUAUGAAUUUGAUUCCCCCUACUGGGACGUCAUCUCUGCCCCAGCAAAGGACCUUGUGUCCCGGCUGAUGGAGAUCGAUCAGGAGCAGCGAAUCACAGCACAGGAUGCCCUCAGCCACACCUGGAUUUCAGGGAAUGCAGCAUCAGAACGGAACCUGAAGGAGGGAGUCUGUGCCCAGAUUGAGAAGAACUUUGCCAAAGCCAAGUGGAGAAAAGCCAUACGUGUUACCACCUUCAUGCAGCGUCUCAGAGCCCCAGAAGGUGCCAGCGGCCGUCUCCCGGUCACCCCCCGUUCCUCCAUGAGCGUGUCCCACGAGGUGAUGGUGGAAGCCAGCUCUUCUUCCCACACCCCUUCCCCUCACUCAUCCUGCAGAGAUAUCACUGAUCCAAACCGUCGCUCUGACCCAUGUGACAGUUUGGAGCCCCAGAUUGAGCAUCCAAAGCAGGGGGCGCCCUAAUGCCCCCCAUCACCCUCCUACACAGAGUGGAAAGGGGUCAGUGCGGAAGGAGCUGCACAAAGUACUAAGUACUGGAACCUUCCCCCAGCCCCCUAAAGACUCUUUUAGGCCCUUUGCUGGACAUACCCCAGAGGCAAAGGAUGGUUCCCCAGGGGUUCCCAUAGAUCAGAAAGGAUCCAACUGCGGUGGGUUUAACCAGGUCCAUAUUCAGGGGACUGCAUCACAUCCCAGAGAGUUCUCCCCAUCUCUCUUCCUGUUUCCAUGGGGAGGGGAAAUGAUGGGAUUUGGCUCCAGGUGGGUGACUCUGCGCAUGGCAACUGCAUGUUUCCAUAUUAUGCCCUCAUCUGCCACAGGCUGGACCCCAAAGCAGUGAUGGGCUGAACCCUAAUAAAUGCAAAGUAGCA